CUGAGUGGCUGCGUGCUGAGUGCGUGUCCUGCUGGGUGGGUCUGGCAUGGUGCUUGUAGCUGGGGCUCACCAGCUGCGCAGUAAUACUGUAGCUGUACAGGCAGGGAAGCAGGGAUCCCAGCGGGCAGACUACGCCGGCGGCAGCAUGUGGUCAGUCUUGGUGUUUGGAAUCCUGACAGCCAUCUUCACCUGGGUCUGGUUUGGGGGCAGGGGAAAGAGAAGGGAACCAGAUGCAGGUGAGCAGCAGCCCCAGGAAGGGAGAGCGGAGGAGCCGCUGGCUGCAGGGAAUGCCCCGGACACUGCGCCGUGCGCCACCAGUGAGGAGUCCGGAGCAGACACGGGAGCAAGCCGGGACGCUGGUCACAUAACUACUUCAGGACAGGGCAGGAUCACUGAGCCGGCUCCGGCAGACCGUGUGCGGAAAGAGUCCCCUCAAUAUGUCCAGCCGAUGUCUGAGGAUGAGGUGCUCCGUGCAGGGGACUGCGUGCAAACACAUGGGACACUGGGGUCCCCCCCACACGAGGACGUUGCACUGCAGCCCAAAGGGGAAUUGUAUAGGGAUACUGUCUCCGAGCAAGCGGCGCUGCCAUCUGCGGAAGAGGGCUACCCCGCCGGUGUCCCAGAUAGAGAUGGGGCUCAAACCAACGUAGGGGAUCUGCAGUCCCCAGAUAAUUAUGGGGUGCAAAGCAAUGAAGAGGCCAUCCAGGCCCCAGACGUUCCAGACAAAGAAGAGGUGAAAAGCAAUGUAGAGGAUAUGCACUCAUCAGGUGUGUCAGGGAGAGAUGGGGUACAGACCAAUUUGGAUGACUUGCCCACAGAUGUCUCUGCAGAACUGCAAUGCAAUGUGGAGGCUACCUACCCCCCGGAUGUUGCAUCGAGUGCAGGCUUGCAGAUCACAGAAGAUCUGUCAGGAUGCCCUGCAGGCAUCCUGACUGAGGCGAAUGUGCAGUCCAGUGACAUUCUGGCGCAUCUUGUAGGUCUGCAUGAGGAAGAUGGAACGCAGCCUGAAGGAGAAGCGUACCCUGAAAAUGCCCAGCAGAAAGAGAGGGCGGAGGACUCUCCCACAGAUGUCUCACAGAGAGAGUGGCUGCAGAGCAAUGGAGAGGAACCCUGCAGUGCUACUGGGUCUGUUCAAGAGAAGGUGCACCCUAUACGUGCCCAAAAGGUUCUGCAUAUCAAUGGUGAGGAGGCGAUUCAAGAAAAUGCCAAUGCAACAGGGUUACUUACAGAGACUUUUGCGUCUUUUGCAGACCACAGAAAUUCUGUGAAUAUACUGGAGGCUACAGAGGACAGUAAAUUAAAAGACUAUGAUUUAUUUGCCCAUCACGAUGCGUCUCAUAAGGACAUGGUAUCACAUGAUCACAGUAAGCAUUCUUCUGGACAAAUGGACUUUGUAAAGCAUGAGUCUUCGGAACAGUUAAGAGCUGACAUGGCCCUUGAUGAACAUUCAUUGACUAACCACUGUGAUGCUGUAGAGCCAAUCGUUGGAUUACAAGAUAAUGCGGAUGUUGCUUCCAACUGCAUACCCAAUGAAAAUACUUCCACAGGAUUAACAGGCACCCAUGUAUCUGAAGAACUUACUCUGCAGGAUGCGCAAUCUAGUACAGUUCUGGAUAAAUCUACCAACAUGUUAUCUUUAUCCCAUCAGGAUGAAGAAGAAAGUCCUGGUCUCAGAGAGUCUACUGUAAGUGAAAAGGCCUGUUCUAGUUAUCUCUUGGACACAAAGUUCCAUGAAGGUGACUAUCCAAAAGCGAAACAGGUUGCUGCUAUUCAGCCAAUGCCACAGAAUGUGAAUCUUUCUUUCAAAGUUCAUUAUGUCACACACUCUGAUUCCCAAGUUAUUGCUGUCACUGGGGAUCUAAAAGAACUUGGUGAGUGGGAAGCCUUUGUCCCUCUGAUAUAUGUAAAAGAUGGCAUCUGGUCAAAUUCAAUCACCCUGCCUGUAGACACCACCGUGGAGUGGAAAUUUGUAAUGGUGGAAAAUGGAAAGAUAAACCGCUGGGAGGAAUGCAGCAACAGAUGUUCUAAGGCUGCACAUGAUGAUUUUGAGACCCAACAAUGGUGGGGCUAUCCGUAAUACAAAAUGUCUCUAGGAAAUUUAAGUCUUGCACUUUAAUUAUAGUCUAAUUAUAUUUUUCUGCAAUAUAGAGUAGGUAAGAAUCUAGUGCUAUCGCUUCUUACUAAUUCGAGCUGUUGUGAGACUGUUUGCUGUAUCAGUACAGUUUCAUGAUUACCUGGCAGUGAUUGAAACUGUGACUUAUCAAGCAACCUAACUUUUUAGUCCACAUUUUAGAAGUUGCAUUUUAGCCUGCAUGCAACUUUGUAUUUAAAAGUGACAGCAUGCAACAUGAGACGGAACCUUCAGUUUUUAAAUAAACUACUUGAUGUUUCUAUUGAAUUCAGCACAUUUCUGCAAAUCUACUAAUGAUUUGUCUUCAGUUCUCCUAUUCUAAUCUUAGAAUUUUUAAUAAACAAGUAUUUCUGUUUCAAACUGUGUCAACGUAUGUUUAAAAUGAAUGAAUGCAAUAAAGGAAUGUAUUGGCUAACUAUGCAAUUAA